AUGGCUGGCAAGAAGGGCGAGAACUCCAAGAAGGUUGCCGGCAACGCUCGCAAGGCCGAGGCUGCGGCGCAAAAGGCCGCAGCUGCCGAUGCCAGAUUGGAGGCUGAGGAAUCCGAAAAGUGGCAGAAGGGCACAUCUCGCGCACGAAUACUGAUGGAAGCGUCGUCUCCGGUCACCAGGGAAGCCGAGGCCGCCAAAAAGGCAGAACAGGCUGCAAAGAAGGCCGAGAAGGAUGCUCUUCUCAAGGAGGAGGAAGCUAGCCUGGGCGGACGAGCCGAACCCAAGAAAUCAAAGGCUCCUGCUAAGAAGUCUCGCGGCUUGGACCUCUCCCAACUUGAGGGCGGUGCGCCUUCAACACUGAACGCGUCCGGUAUCGAUAAUGCACUCGAUGCCUUGUCGCUGGCGACCGGGUCCGACGAUACCAAGAUUGACAAGCAUCCUGAGAAGAGAUUUGCUGCUGCGUAUGCCAAGUAUGAGGAGCGAAGACUCACCGAGAUGAAGGCAGAUGGCAGCGGCGUUGGCUUGCGCUUGGAUCAACGCAAGCAGAGGAUCAGGAAGGAAUUCGACAAGAGCCCUGAGAAUCCCUUCAACCAGGUUACUAUUGCUUACAAUGCCACACGUGACGACCUGGACCAAGUCAAGGCUCAUGAAAAGUCCAAGAUCGAGAAGCGCCUGGAGGGAGCGAAUGCCUGGCUUUUAAUUACACGAUUAUCUGGGUUACGCUACCCGAUGCAGCCCUCAUCCAGCCAAUUUAUGCCCCGCGAUAUGACUCCUUCUGAGCCCCGCGAUGAUGUCGCGCGACAGUUCCCACCGGCAGAAUUCCUCACCGCUUCACACACCGCCCAAUUCAGACAGCUUCCCAAGGCGUCGUCCCCGUUCGGCAACCGACCACAUCUUCUGCUACCCGGCAGCGUUGACGGUACCGGCUUGAAGCAAGCAUGUCCCGAAGGUGUUUUCCUUAGUCUAACCCCUGGAGACCCUACACUCUGGUCAGCAGUUCUGUUUGUUCGCGAUGGACCGUACGCGGCGGCCGUUCUACGGUUCCAGAUUUCCUUCCCAGACACAUACCCGAAGCUUCCGCCCCUGAUUCUCUUCUCGACUGACAUAUUCCAUCCACUCAUCACCCCCCUUACGACAUAUAUGUACGCAAAGGAUGUUCAAGAUAAGGGCACUGGCAGUGCUACCGAUCAAGAACGACUACCGCCUGGUGCAUUCAGCCUGAGGCAUGGUUUCCCACAGUGGUUUGGCCGUGGGCAAAGUACCGAGCCUGGGAGCAGACUGGCUAGCGGCGAAAGACUUGAUAGUUCAGGGUCUGACGGGACUGGCGCGCCACCUGAGGGUGUUGUCAUGUCGCCGGAGCCAUCUCAUGCGAGCUCUCCAGACUAUAGCCAGACCUGCAAACCAGGCAUGUCUAUUUACACUAUUUUGAAGUAUAUCCGCAGCACCUUUGAUACCCCAGAAGUUCUUGACAUGGUUCCUCUAGAAGCCUCGGGAAAUCCCGGAGCAUGGCAUGCGUGGCGCGCGCACAGGCGGAAACAUGGCAAACUCGCAGACCAGAAACCCAGCAGUGGCGAUGAUUCCGAUUCUGAUGGUGUCCGAAAUAGCUCUUCUGGGAAGGCAGAGGAGCCAAGUCUAUCGCCCACUACAGCGACUCGGCAGCCUGGUCAGUGGAAUUGGGACGGGGUGUGGGAGGACAGAGUGCAAAAGGGAGUUGCGGCUAGUCUUUCUGAACCCGUCUUGUACGGAGGAUCAGGCGUGCCUGAUGAAAUGAUUCACUUCCUCGCAAUGGAAGAAACGGAUUUGGAGUCUGUGAAGGAUAAUAUUCGUCGUACACUCGGCAGUGCGGCCUAA